GCCAUUCACUUUGACAUUCUGAAACACCAUCUGCAAUUUGAAAUUGCAUAGGCAGAUUUGUAUCCGACAAGUUAGCAUGAAGCUCCGUCAUGUGGUCCUGGGCUCCCUGCCUCUCCUGAUACUGGCUGGCUGUGUCAGUCCACUCAAAACCUCCACCAUCAACCUGCACACCUUCAUUGGCUGCGCUGUGCGUGAGUUCACCUUCCUGGCUAGGAAACCAGGCUGCAAGGGGAUGCGCAUCACCACGGAUGCCUGCUGGGGACGCUGUGAGACUUGGGAGAAGCCUGUGCUGGAUUCCCCGUACAUCGACGCGCACCAUCGAGUCUGCACCUACAAUGAGACUAAACUGGUUACGGUGAAGCUGCCGAAUUGUGCUGCUGCUGUGGAUCCUUCCUACACGUACCCUAUGGCCAUACGGUGUGACUGCGGGGUCUGUGCUACUGCAACUACUGAAUGUGAGACUCUCUGAGUCCCCUGCCCCCAGCCGCACAGCUGUUCUAGGCAUUUGGGGCCAAACUCUGUCCUGAUGUACACCCAGAGUAACUGCAGGAUUGUGGGUGGUGUAAGUCAGCAUGGAAUUUAAUGCUAUGG